GUGUUACCCUAUCAACGUGAAGAAGCGUUCUUCCUGUUUCGACUUGCUGUUGUCGUUUUCAUAGGUUCAGCGGAAAAAACCCCAGCAAAGGACCAGCAGAGAAAGAGUAUGAGCCUAGCUGAGAAAAUCUCAGAACCUCACGGAGGAGAGACGCCGGACGUGUUGGGUUGGAGGCGGUCUCUGAGGUCACCCAGCCCGGGAGGUCAGAAGUCUAGUCGGAGCCAAGACGGAGUCACUUUUUCCUGCCGGUCACGGUCACCAUCGCCUGCUCAGUUCAAGGUCACUGGGGAGAAAUCCCUGAGGUCACGGAGUCGUUCUCCUAAAGUCAUUCUCAAAGUUGCCCAGUCAGUGGACGGCCCUCGCAGAUCCACCAUGAAGAAAUCGUCCAUCGCUAACGGACUUCGUAAGAGCACGGGCAGCAGCCUGACCGCUGACUUAAGCAUGAGCGGCAAGCUGAACAAGACAACGGGGGAACUUGGCAACAUUGAAGCUGAGUAUAUAAAGAAUCUGCAACAGCAAAUUUACUUUUUGGAAUUGGAAGCCAAUUAUUUACGUGAACAAGCACGGAAGGCCACGGAAAUGCACCCGCAAAUGACGAAUGAAGCCGAGAAUAUGUUGGCAAAGUUACGGGAAAUGCAGUCGGAUAUUGACAAAAUGGACACUGAGCUGAAGCGAAAAGAUUCGAGUAUCGGAGUUCACACAUCGGAGAAACAGCGUCUUGAGGAGCUGCUACAGCUAGAGAAAGCUGGAACAACGCAUCGAGCAACACAACCUGACGCAGCUGUCCCUGGAAGAGAAGCGCACCGAGCUGCUGAGCACGUCGACGCAGCUACGAGAGGUGGAGGAGAGGUACCUGGCCAGCACCGUCACCAUACAGGACAAACUGGCACAGGAUCUCAGGGAUGAGAUUCGGAUGCUGCAUCAGAAGGUGAAGGAAUCGGAGCUGGGCGCGGAGAAAGACAAGUUUUUGAGGAACAAGGUCACGGAGGACAUGGACAACUUGGUGCGGGAGAACUCCUCGCUGAAUCAGCAAAUUGUGGAGCUGUCUCGCCAGCUGGAACGGAUUGAAGAGCGAGACAGAGAGAUCCACACCCUGCGGACGGACGUGGACUCGCUGGGUUCGCGGUUCAAGUCCCUGGACCUGCAGAAGAGCGUGGAGCUCGGCCAGCAGUUGCAGAAGUGGGAGGAGUUUGCCCACCUGGCUGAGAGCAUGAAGAACUUGUCGCAGACCAUGAUCUCACAGGCCUCCACCAGCGCCCGCUCCCCGCGCCACGCCCCGCAGCAGUACUAGCGACACACGCGUGGUUCGGUCCGUCCGUUGUGUUAACUCAGUCCCACCUCAGGUCGUCUUGUUGUUCUAAAAAUACCCCCCCCCCCCCCCCA